GCUUGGAGUUCGGUGCGGCAUCCUGAGGCAAACAUGGCCUUCUUUAUGAUGAAAGUCAUUGCUUUGUACUUAAUGCCACCCCUCUUUGGUUCUCAGGGUGACAAUGCCGGCUUAUGGAGAGUCGCACCUCAAGUAUUUCAGAAGGUCAAACUCUCCUCUAUUCACCGCUCUAGGGAAUCUGAUGGAGUUAGGCCCGAACGUGGUGGAGGGGCUGCAGCAAGCACUGCGGGCCAAGGAAGCUCAUGUGAGCGGCAGAAGGUACCUAGAGUACCAGAUUGCGGACAAGUUCGGGGACGAGGACGGAACCUCCCGCCUGUAUGUGGGGCGCGAGACCGUUUUCCCUGGUCCCUCGGGCUGGCCCAUCCCCCAUGAUGCGCCCUACACAGAACAGCUUGAUAAUUCGAUUAUGGCCGUCGUGGAGGCGGGGCUGUACGAAAAGUGGACGUCUGACAUGCUGGCCAAGACAAAACUGGAGCGCCAACGGCGGAAGCAAGAACCACAGCAGGGCGACCAACAGGAAGACUCGGCAGCGAAGAAAUCCUCCCAGAGCCUCACCAUCACCCACACCCAGGGUGCCUUCAUCCUCCUCCUAUUGGGCUUAAUCCUCUCAGGCCUCACCUUUGUCACAGAGAUAAAGUUUUCUUGAACAGAAAACUGUGCCUGUUACGCGUGUUUAAUUCUAAGUGUCACGUGAUAUUGUAUUGUUUGCAGUGUGUGUGUACACACACACACACACACACACACACACACACACACACACACUACGAACUAUAUCUACAAUAUAAAGCAUGCGACCAUAAUCAUAUUAUAAACAAACUAUGUUGAUGUCACUAGGAUAAUGUAUCACUGAUUUCAAUGGGUAGAAUCAACGAGAUUAUGCAGUGCAGCUCAUUUUCUAUUUUCGACUUAGAGAAAAUCUUGAAAACGUCCAGAAAUAUACCUGUGUAACAUGCGACGUACGUCCUUCAAAAGGAGGCUGGAAACUAACUAGAGAAAUAGUGUAGGAUUGGAAACAACAGCAGAGCCAUGGGCUUGUAUCACUUUAUCUACAUGGGAAAUAAAAAAGUAAAAAUAAAAAUAAAAAAGGAAAGUUGGCAAUACUGAUAAAGAAAGACUAAAAAAGAAUAUACCCGCCACUAUGACGAGGCUAAGCACACUUUAUUCAUUGUACACUAGUAAUGUACUCUAACCUGAAGAUUAACUGAGAAAAAGUGAACAGCAACGUCAGCAAAACAGUAGGGAAUUUAUAGUAUUCAGUAUGUCACUUGGAGUGACUGGAUGAAUUUGUGGCAUUGAAUUACUACAUGUUAUUUUUUUUUGUUUAUUUUAAUUCUUUUCUUUAAUCUGUUAUAAGAACUGUUCAAGUCUCGUUAUGAUGCAAUAACUUGAAAAUUUUCCAAAAAUAAAAAUUGUCCUAUUUCUAUAUUUCAACAAAACUUGGAGGUGUCUUUAGAAGUUUAAUCAUAUUAUAUUAGCAGAUAAGUUGGCUUGUUGUGUUUGUUCCCUUUCGUGUAUCACUACACAUGUUUUCACAAAACAUAUUCACAUUAGUUAUACAGCGUGUGCAAGAGCAAGCGCGAAAUAAAAUGUAAUUCACUUUGCAAUGAUCAUUAAUUUCUUUAUGAUAUGUAAUAUAUGAGGUAAGUUACAAGUACUCCCUCAAGUUACAACAUAAAUAAUGAAGGUGUCCCACAAAAUGGUGUCCUCAUCAUCCUGCC